AUGGUGCCAAGGUGUGAUGAAUGUCAAAGAGCUGGUAAUCUAACCAACAGGAAUGAGAUGCCACAGCAAUACACACUAGAGCUGGAGCUAUUUGAUGUAUGGGGAAUAGAUUUCAUGGGAACCUUCCCAACCCCCUACUCAAAUAUCUACAUAUCAGUGGCUGUUGAUUAUGUUUCAAGAUGGGUAGAAGCCAUCACCACUGCAACAAAUGACAACAAGGUUGUGAUAAGCUUCUUGAGAAGGAACAUCUUCAGCAGAUUUAGAUUUCCCAGAGCACUCAUUAGUGAUGGAGGGACACACUUCUGCAAUAAACAAUUGGAAGACUGGUCUAAGAAACUAGACGAUGCUCUAUGGGCCUACAGGACAGCCUUCAAGACCCCCAUUGGGAUGUCACCAUACCAACUAGUAUUUGGCAAGGCUUGCCACUUGCCAGUUGAACUGGAGCAUAGAGCCUUCUGGGCUCUAAAACUACUAAAUUUUGAUGAGCAAGCUGCUGGAGAAAAGAGAUUAAUGCAACUCAAUGAGCUGGAAGAGUUUAGAAAUCAAGGAUAUGAGAAUGCCAAAAUCUACAAAGAGAAUACAAAAAGGUGGCAUGACCAAAAGAUAGCAAGAAGAGAGUUCACUAAAGGACAGAAGGUGUUACUCUACAACUCAAGACUCAAGCUCUUCCCUGGAAAACUUAAGUCUCGAUGGUCAGGACCUUUCACCACACACAAAGUGUUUCCCUAUGGUCAUGUGGAGAUCAUGGAGGACUAG